AGAGGCGGGACUAACGAAGCACGUUCAGUCAAUCACUAAGAGUGAGCCUGAAGGCUGAAAGGUGGACACUCUGUACGCUUGUUGGCCGCCGGGCGGCUUGUGAAGCUCCAGCCUCAUGGCGGAGAUCAUUCAGGAACGCAUAGAAGAUCGAAUCCCGGAGUUGGAACAGCUGGAGCGCAUCGGACUCUUCAGUCGCGCGGAGAUUAAGGCUAUCAUCAAGAAGGCUUCAGACCUAGAAUACAAAAUACAUCGGAGAACCCUUCUCAAGGAAGACUUUAUUAACUAUGUUCAAUAUGAAAUUAAUCUUUUGGAGCUGAUCCAGAGAAGAAGAGCCAGAAUCAAAUAUUCAUUUAAGAAGGAUGAGAUUGAAUAUUCUAUGGUACAUCGGGUACAAGGUGUCUUUGGUCGUGCUUCAUCGAAGUGGAAAGAUGAUGUUCAGCUUUGGCUAUCCUACAUAGUUUUUUGUAAGAAAUGGGGUACCAAAGCUCAUCUUAGCAAGAUAUUCUCCACCAUGCUUGCCAUUCACUCAAACAAGCCAGCUUUGUGGAUUAUGGCAGCCAAAUGGGAAAUGGAAGACCGCUUGUCUUCAGAAAGUGCCAGGCAGCUGUUUCUUCGGGCUCUACGCUUUCAUCCCGAGUGUCCAAAGCUCUACCAAGAAUACUUUAGGAUGGAGCUGAUGAAUGCUGAGAAACUGAGGAAGGAAAAGCAAGAAUUUGAAAAGGCUGCCAUGGAUGUGGGGAAUUUCGAUCAUCCCGAAGAAAUCCUUAAAGGCGAGUUGGCACGGAUCAUUUACAAAAAUUCUAUAAGCAAGAUUAAAGGUGCGGAAUUCCAUGUGUCACUUCUUACUAUUGCUCAGCUGUUUGAUUUUGCCAAAGAUCUACAGAAGGAGAUUUAUGAUGACCUUCAAACUCUGCACACCGAUGACCCACUCACUUGGGAUUAUGUGGCACGGCGAGAAUUAGAAAUCGAGUCCCAACCAGGUGAAGAGCAGCCUGUGUCAAAACAAGCCAAAGCAGUGGAGGUGGGCCGAAGGGAAGAACGGUGCUGUGCAGUGUAUGAAGAGGCGGUGAAGACCCUGCCUACAGAGGCCAUGUGGAAGUGUUACAUCACCUUUUGCUUGGAGAGGUUUUCUAAGAAGACCAGUAGUGUGCCCCUCCGAGGGCAGAGGCUGGAAAGAACCAUGCUUGCAUUCAGGAAGGCCCAUGGCCUGAAGCUCCUUUCUGAAGUCCAGUACAAGCAGUGGAUUGACUUGUUGCUGCGCCAGGACCUCUUCAAAGAGGCUCUGCAGGUGGCAGAAGCUGGGACUGAAUUGUUCAAGGACUCUGUAACCAUGUGGCAGACGAAGCUCCAGGUGCUCAUUGACUCAAAGAGCCCGGAAGUAGAGAUGCACUAUGGGGAAGCCUUUGCACACCUCAAACCCCAGGUUUGCCUGCCCUUGUGGAUUUCUUGGGCAGAGUGGAGUGAAAGUGCUAAAAGCCAGGAGGACACAGAAGCCAUCUUUAAGAAAGCUAUUCUAGCUGUCACAGGUGCCAGUUCAGUAACUCUGAAGGAGAAGUACCUGGAUUGGGCUUAUCGGAGUGGAGGCUACAAAAAGGCCAGAGCAGUGUUUAAAAGUUUACAGGAAAGUCGUCCAUUUUCAGUUGAGUUUUUCAGGAAAAUGAUGCAGUUUGAAAAGGAGCAGGAAUCCUGCAAGAUGGCGAAUCUGAGGGAAUAUUACGAGAGGGCGUUGCGAGAGUUUGGGUCUGCAGAUUCCGAUCUUUGGAUGGAUUACAUCAAGGAAGAACUGAGCCAUCCCCUCGGUAGACCAGAGAACUGCGGACAGAUCUACUGGCGAGCCACAAAGAUGUUGCAGGGACAGUCAGCGGAGCUGUUUAUAGCUAAACACGCCAUGCACCAGGCUGGCCACUAGUGGCGAGCACCGCCAUUUACUAAACUUGUGUUUGCGCUGUCUGUGUACACAAUGUCAAGAGCUGGCGGAAGAAUGGAUUGAUUUUUUUUGUAGCAUACUUUUUUACCUGGCGUUAAUCUUUGGUUCCAGAAACGAGAACUGCUGGUGCCUGAUACAUCUAAAAUACACAGAAGUUGUGCAGUUCAGUUUCAGUUCUUGUUCCAGCCUAAGACAUACAGCUCUAAUGGAGACUGGAAGUAAGAGACCCGGUUCAAACCCAAGGGAAAGUAGAGUUUGGUGUGUUCUCGUCUUAUUGUGAAAUUGGAGGGACUAGGGUGUGGACAGACUGCCUCAACCCUCCAGCUCCUGAAUAAUGAUACGGAGACUUUGUUUAUGAAAGCUUAGGCUUGUUCCCAGCUAGUGCAUGUAAAUUAAUCCUAUCUAUAUUCCUCCAUGUUUACCACAUGACCGGUCACCUCUCCUCAGCCUCGUUCAUCCGAGUUCUGCCUGGCAGAUCUCCCACCUCUCAGUUCUUCCCAGAGUUCCCAUCUCCCCUGCUCUGCUAUAGGCCGUUGGCUGUUUAUCGAACCAAUCAGAAGUGAUAGAGAACAAUGGUUACAAACAGCGAUGCUUCAUAAAAGUAACAGUACCAAAGUCUGGCAGGACUCAACUCUGCUGGUUCAAAAGUCAACAUGUGAAUAACGCAAAGACAACCUUUGCCCGGAGCCCAAGGUUAUCCCAACCCGGGGCGCAGAGCAGAAGUGACCUAAGUGAGGCUCAACAGUGACUUCAUUUCCUGUAUCUGAAUUGGAUCUGUACUUACAACCAAGAAAUAGGAACCUUCCUUCACCUGCAGGAAAGAAGGGGGACUUGGAAGAUGAGUGACAGAGGAGGUGCUGGGUAUUUAGAGAAGUUUGUCCUUUAAGAAGGUGGCGCAGAAAACCAGUUACCCCAAGAUGGGCAGGCCAAGAGCUGCAUGGAGGGUGCCCAGCUCUGUGGCAGGGGAGGGAGUGGAAAGUGCCUCAGUGGGGAGGGCGGAGGGUCCGCUGGGCACAAAGGAGGGCGUUUGGGGACCAGGGGAGGAAACUGAAAUAAAUCCUUCCACUUUUUUUGAUAAACCUAAAUUUGCAUUUGAGGCAAGAGCUUUACGACCGAGACAGAACCCAGCCAUGUUUUUGUUUUCUGUUUUGAUCGGCUCAUUAAGUUUUGGCUGGCCUUGAACUUUGAAUCUUCCUGCCUCAGCCUCUCAAGUGGCUGAGAUUAAUGCCUGAACAACUGGAUCUGGUUUAACUUAACAUUUUGAUAUCAUUGGGAAAGUAUUCUAAACAAGGUACUUAAUAGUAAGCCUUAAUUAAUGUUAAGUUCAUUUAAUAACAUGGGAAACACCUAAUGAAUUCAUAGCAUUCCAUUGUCUUCAUUAUUCUCCCAUGGCUAGAGUUCGCUAUUGUGUAUUUUUAAAAAUUAUAAAUGGUAUUGGUGAAGAUUUUUUUUUCUUUUUUUUCUUUUUUUUUUGAGACGAGGUUUCUCUGUAUAGCCCUGGCUGUCCUAGAACUCACUCUGUAGACCAGGCUGGCUUUGAACUUAGAAAUCUGCCUGCCUCUGCCUCCCAAGUGCUGGGAUUAAAGGCGUUUGGAUUUGGUUUUUCUGAGACAGGGUUUCUCUGUGUGGUCCUGGCUGUCCUGGCACUCACUCUGUAGACCAGGCUGGCCUCAACUCAGAAAUCCACCUGCCUCUGCCUUCCAAGUGCUGGGAUUACAGGCAUGCGCCACCACCGCCCGGCUUCAAUUGGCUCUUUCCAGCAUCAUAAACAAGAGGCAACACCCUUGUCCUUACUGGGGAUUACAUACUUCCUUCUCAUCAUUUUAUAAUUCACCAUUCAGUAGAUGAAAUCGAUACAUCAUUGUUUAAGCUACUUUUUCUUACUAAUUUAUGUUUUAAAAAUACAUUGAGAGAGCCGAGAGAGAUGGGUCAGCGCUUAAGAUUAUUGACUGCUCUUCCAGAGGUCCUGAGUUCAGUUCCAGAUGGCUCACAACCAUCUGUAAUGGGAUCCCAUGACCUCUUCUGUUGUGUCUGAAGACAGUGUAUUCAUAUAUAUAAAAUGAAUAAAUAAAUCUUUAAAAAUCAAAA